AUGGUGUCUCCUGGUCAGCACAUAUUUCUCGCCCUCGUGGCGUGGGCGUCAACCGUCCAGGCUGCGCUGGAUCCGUCGAGGUACACUUGGUACGAGAGUCCAGCCUCCGACUACGCCGGAUCGCUCCCUAUCGGCAAUGGCAGACUGGGAGCUACUGUAUGGGGAACCGCCGUGGAGAAGAUCACUUUGAAUGAGAAUUCCAUUUGGAGCGGGCCUUUUCAAGAUCGGGUGAAUCCUAAUGCGUACGAUGGUUUCACCCAGGCCCGCUCACUUCUUGAGAAAGGCGAUAUGACCGGCGCUGGCGAGGUCACUCUCAGAGACAUGGCCAGCAUUCCGACGUCCCCGCGAGAGUAUCACCCGCUUGGGGUGCUGCAUUUGGAUUUUAAUCAUGAUGUGAAUCUCAUGACCAACUAUCGGAGGUCUCUCGACUUGUACAGUGGAAACGCAGUCGUUGAGUAUGAUUAUAACGGAGUCAGAUACAGUCGGGAGUAUAUUGCGAGUGCUCCGGCAGGCGUCAUUGCUAUUAGAGUCACAGCUAGCGAGCCGGGUAACCUCACCGUAGCAUGUUCGCUGGCCCGAGAUCGUUAUGUCAUUGAUAAUUCGGCUUCUUCACCAAAUGAAACCGGUAUCCUGCGCCUGAUGGCCAAUACAGGGGAUAUGGAGGACCCGAUCCAGUUCAUAUCAGAGGCACGAAUCAUCGGCCAUGGAGGCCGUGUCGUCAGCAACAGCACAACAGUGGUUGUCCGUGACGCUACAUCGGUAGAGAUAUUCUUCGACGCCGAGACCUCAUAUAGGUACCCUGAUGAAGACAAACGGGAGGCCGAAAUGGAUCGCAAACUAUCCACUGCCAUGGGCCGAGGAUACAAUGCCGUCAAAACAGCAGCAGUGGCUGAUCAUUUAAGCCUGGCCCGCCGAGUGAAUAUCAAGCUGGGCUCCUCAGGCUCUGCCGGCCAGCUUCCCACCGAUACUCGACUCAAAAACUACAAAGACAACCCAGACAGCGACCCGGAACUCGCCACUCUAAUGUUCAACUUCGGCCGCCAUUCACUCAUAGCGUCAUCUCGGCAGUCUGGAUCGCCGGGCCUACCAGCCAACCUGCAAGGCAUCUGGAAUCAAGACUAUUCGCCAGCUUGGGGUGGUAAAUAUACUGUCGAUGUAAACCUCGAGAUGAACUAUUGGCCCGCGGAAGUAACCAACCUGGCCGAUACAUUUGAUCCCUUCAUGGACCUCAUGGACACCGUGGUUCCUCAUGGGAUUGACGUCGCCAAACGCAUGUACCAAUGCGAUAACGGAGGAUAUGUUUUACACCAUAACACUGAUUUAUGGGGAGAUGCUGCACCCGUUGAUAACGGUACUACAUGGACAAUGUGGCCGAUGGGGAGUGCAUGGCUGUCAGAAAACCUCAUGCAGCAUUAUCGCUUCACGCAAAAUAAGGAGGUUCUUCGCGAGCGGAUAUGGCCUCUCCUGAAGAGCGCCGCCCAGUUUUACUACUGUUAUCUGUUCGAAUUUGACGGAUACUUCAGCUCCGGUCCAUCGAUCUCGCCUGAGAAUGCAUUUAUUGUCCCAUCGGAUAUGAGUGUUGCCGGCAAGUCAGAAGGAAUUGACAUCUCCCCUACCAUGGACAAUGCGUUGCUCUACGAGCUCUUCAAUUCGGUUAUUGAGACCGCGGAUAUCCUUGAGAUUACCGGAGAGGAGGUGGAUAAAGCAAAAGAAUAUCUAGCCAAGAUAAAACCUCCCCAGAUCGGCUCUGACGGUCAGAUACUGGAGUGGCGGAGAGAGUACCAAGAGACCGAACCGGGCCAUAGACACAUGAGCCCAAUCGUCGGCCUUUACCCUGGGUCGCAACUGACACCGCUCGUUAACCAAACACUGGCGGACGCCGCCAAAGUCCUUCUUGACAGACGGAUCGACCACGGUAGUGGUAGUACGGGGUGGUCCCGUACCUGGACAAUGUCUUUAUACGCCCGGUUGCUUGACGGCGACGCAGUAUGGAAGCAUGCGAAAGUAUUUCUCCAGACAUAUCCUAGCGUCAAUCUGUGGAAUACAGACAGCGGUCCCGGCAGUGCGUUCCAGAUUGAUGGGAACUUUGGCUUCACUGCUGGGAUUGCAGAGAUGCUACUGCAAAGUCACCAGGUGGUACACCUUCUGCCAGCUUUGCCUUCAGCCGUGCCCACUGGCCAUGUCUCAGGAUUGGUAGCCCGAGGAAACUUCGUGGUCGAUAUUCAGUGGGUUGAGGGCAGUCUUACCCAAGCCACGGUCAAGUCGCGGAGUGGUGGUCAACUGUCUCUUCGAGUUCAGGAUGGCAAGGCGUUUACCGUCAAUGGCGAGGAAUACACCGAGCCCAUUUCGACGUCUGCUGGGAAGUCGUACAAGAUUAUGCUUGUUUCUUAG